AUGCCCUUGACUCUACGCUUCGAUGAUACUAAGAGUGGUUCGGUGAAUGUUGACGACGGGGCUAGCGCCUCGAAAGGCACAGACAUCGGCAGAUUAUCCGACAUUGACUUCGAGGCUGACGUCAGUAUGGACGUUAUUCGAGGUGGUGAAAUCCUGGUGACUAUUACAGAUCAUGUGGGUAAUGUCGUUCAAGACGCUUUUGCAAUCCCAGACACCAAUUGUAGUUUUGAGGAUGUCCCGAGACCUUGUGAUGGCCUCGAAGCCGAAUGA